UUUCAAAAUAGGGGUUCUAGCUUUGACUCCCCACCUGCAGAGGGGUCACUUCACAAGCGGUGAAACACGUCUGCAGGUGUCUCUCUUUCUCUUCCCCUUUCUGUGUUCCCCUCCUCUCUCGAUUUCUCUCUGUCCUAUCCAACAACAACAACAAUAACAACAACAAUAAUAACCACAACAACAAUAAAACAACAAGGGCAACAGAAGGGGAAAAAAAUAGCCUCUAGGAGCAGUGGAUUCGUAGGCAGGCACUGAACCCCAGGAAUAACCCUGGAGGCAAAAAAAAAAAAAGUUAUGGUUUUGAAAUCUUCUGAGGUUCCACUUUCAGAUAACAGCAAGGGAGACCAGACAGACUUUCUGAGUCACAUUCUAGAUCAGACUCUCUGGAGUCUGCAUCCUGAGUCACUAUAAACCCUGAAACCAGGGGAUUUGAGGUGGGGCAGCAAAGGACCUGGCCACACCAUUCUGUGAGUACAGAACACCCUGAUGCAGCUUCCUGUUUGUUGCAGAAGACUGGAAACUCUUGACAGGUUUGGAAUCAGUUGAAAUGCCUAAGAAAAUUUUGGUAAAGGAGUAAAGUUUCUGGAGAGACAACAUAAUGCUGUGUGGGGAGCCUGGAGAUAACUGAUAGCCCACUUAAUUAUGCAUAAGCACCCAGGUUCAAGCCUCCAGAACCAAACUGGAGCACCAUGAAAAGUAGUGUAGGAGACACUUGGCGGCUGCACCAGCACAGAUCCAUUUCUCCAGCCAGCUCUUGCCUCGCUCCGCUGUCUUCUGCAGCCGUGUCUGACAAACUCGAUAUGGCUGAGAUUGAGAAAUUCAGUAAGUCAAAAUUGAAGAAGACAGAAACGCAAGAGAAACCCCCCCCCCCCCCCCCGCCGCCUUCAAAAGAAAUGAUUGAACAGGAGAAGCAAGCUGGUGGAUCGUAAUGAGGCAGGUGUUGCCGAUACACACACUGUAUAUUCCACAAGCAUUGCCUUAUUUUACUUCUUUUAGCUGUUUAACUUUGUAAGAUGCAAAAAGGUUGGAUCAAGGUUAAAUGACUGUGCUGCCCCUUUUCGCAUCCAUGAACUACUGACAACGGUGGCGGAGCCUGCCUCUUCUUCCCCUUGGCUGGCAGGGGAAGGAAAGAACUUGCAUAUUGUUGGAGGAAGAAGCUAGGUGGGAGACAGUGAAAUCUAGAGUCAAAAUCCAGUUGGUCUAAGGCAGGCCUGGCCUGCAGGCUAUAAAAUGCAGUUACAUAAGAGUGCCAUUUUUUUGUACAAUGAUUUUAAUUAUUGGAAUGCACAAUUUUAAUAUGCAAAUAAAAAGUUUUAAAACGGGACCAGGUGGUGGCACACCUGGUUAAGAGCACACAUUAUAGUGCUCAAGGAUGUAGGUUCAAGCCUCUGGUCCCCACCUGCAGGGAGGAAAAGCUUCACAAGUGGUGAAGUAGGGCUGCAGGUGUCUCUCCGUCUCUUUCCUUCUCUGUUUCCUCCUCCUCUCUGUCUCUGUCCAAUAAUAAAUAAAUAAAUAAAUAAAAUGAAAUGAAAAACCAUUUUAAAAAAAGUUUUAAAAUCUGAAAAAAAAAGUAGUGUAGCAGUACUGUAGUAC